AUCUAUAAUAUUUAUUUUUAGGAGCAAAGACUCUGCAGAGUGUUGUGCUUAGUAAAAUGAAUUUUGAGUCUUUUGUAAAAGAUCUUCUUCUGGUUCGUCAGUAUAGAGUUGAAGUUUUCAAGAAUAGAGCUGGAAAUAAAGCAUCCAAGGAGAAUGAUUGGUAUAUGGCAUUUAAGGCUUCUCCUGGCAAUCUGUCCCAGUUUGAAGAUAUUCUCUUUGGUACCAAUGACAUGUCAACUUCCAUUGGUGUUAUGGGUGUUAAAAUGUCGACAGUUGAUGGUCAAAGACAGGUUGGAGUUGGGUAUGUUGAUACCCUGCAGAGGAAGCUAGGACUAUGUGAGUUUCCUGAUAAUGAUCAGCUCUCCAAUCUUGAGUCUCUUCUGAUUCAGAUUGGACCAAAAGAAUGCGUUUUACCAGGAGGAGAGACUGCUGGAGACAUGGGGAAACUGAGACAGGUAAGGGAAUGAAGUUUAAUGAUGGUGAAUUUUGUUUAUGGGGAAAAUAAUUAAAAGCUUAGUGUAAAAAA